GUGUGUUAAAAGAAAAGAAUUUUGUUUCGUGUUUCAUUCUGGUUGGCUUGCCCGUAAGCAGGAAAAAAUCUGUUCAAUUUAUGGUGUGGUGACGUUCAUUUUCGUUUCUUUUUUUAAUUGAUUGAUAUAAUCAAAGAAGUCUGUUCCGUCCGGAAUGAGUUUAGCGUGUACUCGAGCGUUCCUGAAGGGAGCGCAAACCAAAACAAAACAACACACGCAAAGUGGAGGGAAAACGGCGCGUGCAACGACGAGGAAAAGUACCGCUAGUUUGCUCCACACCACGACGUCAGCAGCAUUCUUGCUCCACCUCCCGUCCGAGAAGGAGGCGUACGACACGCGAGGACAAGUUUCGCCCAACCUCGACGCGAUCCGACGCGAACCCCGAACCGGCUUCCGAGGAAGUAAACCCGCGACCGCGCAACCUUUGUAGAUCGACCCAGUAGAGAAAUACAGAUAAAGUUAAGUAGUGUUUAGAAGAGUUGCCCUGCUUUCGCCUAAGUUUGAUCCGACCGCAAAUCCGAUUUCCGCCUCCGAAAAGUGGUUCCUCCGUUGUCCACCAAGGGUGACCGCACCCGAGAGUCCGCCGUCGCCAAAAUUACAGUCCACACGCUCCGUAGUUCGGUCCCGACCGAACAUAUGGUCCUACCGACCCGGAUUGGACUUUCGUGUGCGCGCCGCCCCGGGGACAUCCGGAAGGAAAGUUCCGACAAAGUGCGCAAAAGAACUGCUCCCGAAGUGACCUUCCGAUAAAGUGUCGAACAAAAGUGUCGCGAAACAUUUCGCUGUGAGCAGUGGAACUUCAGCAAAGUGCGAAAACGGUUGCUGCCCAAAAGAGCUGCUCCGAAAGUGAGCUUCCGGAAAAGUGAAGAAUAAGAAGAUCUUUCCUGCUGCGGCAGAACAGUGCGAAAAGUGAAACAAACCCGUCGUUUGAGAAGACAAACAUCCCUCUCGCGUAAACCACAUUCCGCUGCCAACGCUGUAGGCGAGCUGCAGCGUUCCACCUCGAUCCUGUUGCCCCCUGAUUCCCAAUUUCACCAUGUGGAAGGCAAUGUUUACGAUAAAGCUGGAGGAUGCGUUCCAACAGCGAGUACAUGCCAUGCAGAAGAUCGCGAAUCUCCGGGAUGUCGUCCUCGAUCUGCAGAAUCCGACGCUAGCACAGCUGACAAAGCUGCGUAAAACCCUUUGGGCAUUGUACGACGAGUAUGGCCGAGCCCACAGCUGCAUCGUCGGCAAUGUUCCGGAUGACGACCUCGCCCAGGAAGAAGUGGAAUACGACGCCUUCGACCAACUCUUCGAUGCAGUCAGCGUGCCAUUGGAGGAGAAGUUCAUUGCGUUGACGAACGCCAACCCGAAAACGAGUGCAAUGGACUACGUUGCACACCAGCAAAAGCUCUGGACGAUGUCAACGCCGACGAUCUACGAAAGCAACUACUGGGACACCCCGAUGAUGGCCUGUGAGUCCGCCCAUCCGGAGCUCUCAGGACAAACCGCCAACUCGAACCUACGAUCCAGGCCCGAAAACCUGGACACGGAAGUGAUUUUGCGAAAUCACUCUCCGUCGACGAGCUACACGAGCUCACCACCCGAAACCCGGUCCAGGUCCCAAACCCUGGAAGCGGAUACGGCUUUGCGAAGUCGUAUGCCGCCAAAGAUCGAUCCAAUCCGCCCAUCCAAGCCCACAUCCGCGAGCGAUGUCUUGGACACCGAAGUGGUCAUGCGUGACCAGCUUCAACCGGCAACCGAUGCCAAUCCGACGGACCUCCCAGUGUCCGCAAUCUCCAGCAAAGCCACCGAAACCAGUGUCAAAUGCGUGCCUCUCGAACCGGCACAAGGAAACCCCAACGAAUCCGGAACCGGCCGUGUCCUCCCGGACGACGGUACCCACAUGACUGGUACGCCAACUCCCGACAGUGUCCUGAACCACGAAGCAAGUCUGAUCGCAACAGACAACGGCAUCGAACCACAAGUCGAAACCGACGAGAGAAGGGAGCACGCAAUGCCGACGGUGCCAUCGCUCCUCAACACUGACCGCUGCUCAGAGGACAGCCGAUCCCGACCCGAAGCCAAGAUGAUGUCAACAGUGCUGCCAAGCUUUCCCGAACCCAACCUGUUCAACUCCAAACGUUCGCUCACGGACGGUGACGCACGAACGAAAGAACGCGAGCCGCUACCAGCGGUGAUCCUACGGAACGAAAAGGUUAAUUCUCUCCGUGUCGAGCACGGCAGCUCCCUGACGACCAUCCAGCGGGACGCUGUAACCCUCCAGACCAGAGCCGAGCUAAAUCCGCCGCUGCCAACCGCUGCGAAAGCGCCCGAUAAACGACGCCUAACCAUAGCCUGUCCCAACCCGCCGCUCAACGACACCCACGGAACCCGGAAGAAGCACGCUGUCAACAAACCCGCAAACCUCAAUCCUCGAAAGACAGAAGCCGUUUCUCCAAUGUUCCCAGACCCGUUACAACCAGUGCUUUGCCGAGGCGCACCACACGAACAACGACCCACCUGCUCAACUUCUGGCGAUCUGCGAGACACAGGAGCUCCGGAACCCAAUCGCGUGAACGUGACACACCAACACCACGAAGAGAAACCUCCACCGAAACGAAAGUUCGAGACCGAGCAACUGACGAAGACGUGCGUGCGGUCUGAACGCAAAGGUGGCUCCAAGCACGCCCUCAAACGGCUUCAGCAUAGAGCAGCACCGAAGAAGAGCACCCCAACAAGCGAAGCGCUCAACCAUCGACCACUCCUGAACGAACCACUCGGCCCGCCGCAGAAACAACGCACUAUCGCCGCAGUUUUCUGGACCUGCCUGAAGCUUAAUCGAACAAACGGCAGUCUCUGCUGCUUCAAGCUAACAUCCAACUUGAAAGCCACCAUCGUCGAGUCCAGAACGAAGCCCAAAACCCCACGAAGCAGAUCACUUUGGACAAUUUCAAGCACCGCCGUUGCCGCACUUUACUACGAGAACGACUUCGUCGGUCGUGAAACCAGUUUCCUGAAGAACGGCCGUGGGCCAUGCGAACAGAUCGUCGCUCCGCAGUCCGUCAAGGUCAACCGACGCGUUGUGAGCAGCCAAAAAGUUCGCCUACUACGAUUGCUUGAAGGCUGGCAGCGGAGCAAGAUUUCGAGCAACCCGCCGUACAGUUACUCCACAGUGCGGAUGUCCCGAAGCUGCAAUCGGCGCUACAAUGACGAUUCCAACUACACACGAGGAUGCCACCCCCGCAAACCGAUUAUCCAAGACGUCAGUGGACGAAGCCUGAUGAACGAUUCCGAACCAGCCCAUCGAAAGUGCUCCGUUGGUGAACGCACGCCGGAGAACAAAAAGCGGCCAACCGCUCAACACGAUGACCACACCAAGCUGUUCCACCGAGACCAUCGUCACUGGAUCAAACAAGCCUGCACGGUUUGUGCCGAGUUAUGGCCUAUCUACAAUCACUUAGCUUAGAACAUCUAAGUAAAGUAGUUACUUAGGAAAGUCUGCAACUUACGUUCGUCAUCCACAAUCAACUUAGAAAAAUUGCUGGGCUGAUAUACGUUGCUAUGCAGUUGUUUGUUUACCUUUGAUAUGGAAACGUCAACUUACCGUAGAUUUUGAAAUUUUCCAAACCAAACGUCAGUUUCUAAUUUGAUUACUUUUCCAUUGUAGAAACUCAGAUUCAUUUCCAUUGAUUCAAAUUCCUAAGCUAAGUGAAAUUUUCUAAGCUAAGUGAUUGUAGAUAGGCCAUUACCGCAGUGCGAACUGCCCGAUAAUGGUUCCACACGCUCCAUCGAUCUGCCAAUGCGACUACAGCAGAUUGCCUGGGACCACCGAAGGUUCGCCCGAAGCAGCUGGAAAUGCUCAAACCAUGGAGACCGCCCACGAAGAACUUCGAUCCGCUACUUCUUCCCGUUGCUACGCAUCUGAUCAACAACUCAACACUCCGUUUCGGUAUCAUCCACGCCAACCUGAUCAGCAAAAAUGUUGAAUCGAUGCUUCAACGGGGGGAGUAUGUUCCGUCCGGAAUGAGUUUUGCGUGCACACGAGCGUUCCUGAAGGGAGCGCAAACCAAAACAAACCACACACGCAAAGUGGAGGGAAAACGGCGCGUGCAACGUCGAGGAAAAGUACCGCUAGUUUUGCUCCACACCACGACGUCAGCAGCAUUCUUGCUCCACCUCCCGUCCGAGAAGGAGGCGUACGACACGCGAGGACAAGUUUCGCCCAACCUCGACGCGAUCCGACGCGAACCCCGAACCGGCUUCCGAGGAAGUAAACCCGCGACCGCGCAACCUUUGUAGAUCGACCCAGUAGAGAAAUACAGAUAAAGUUAAGUAGUGUUUAGAAGAGUUGCCCUGCUUUCGCCUAAGUUUGAUCCGACCGCAAAUCCGAUUUCCGCCUCCGAAAAGUGGUUCCUCCGUUGUCCACCAAGGGUGACCGCACCCGAGAGUCCGCCGUCGCCAAAAAUACAGUCCACACGCUCCGUAGUUCGGUCCCGACCGAACAAAGUCCUUCCUACAUUAUCGUUUAUCGGGAGGCACGACAUCGUGUGAGUUGUUGCAUUAAAAUAGGUUUAAGUGUUCAAAGUGAUUAAAUUACUGUAAAAAAAGUCCUUCCUAUAUCAUCGUUGAUCGAAAGGCACGCUGGCGGUUUAAGUCGUCUGGGUAAUCGUGGUGCAAAAUUACAUUUAUUUAGUAUUUAAAUAUCUGUGCGCGAGUGUUUUGGUGUGCUAAUUAGAAAGACCUUCCCAUAGCAUCGUAGCUCGGAGGGCUCGGCGACGGGUUUAUUAUGGAAGUCCU